CGAGAAGUUGUAGGCAAAAGCAGAUUCGGAACACUCGUGUCACUUUUUCAGUCUACUAUUUCUAUUCCAAGCGAAAGGGUGCUUUCGACAACUGCCCAAGAUGAAUUCACCACUACUGAACUUUUUCGGAACAUCCGACAUCGUUAAACGUAUCGAAAAAAUCGUAACGGCGCAGAUCUGUCGGUUUUGUUUGCGCACAAGUCAACUUUCGCUUAUCGAUAUCGAGGACGAAUCCCUUAACGAAUUGGUAGAAGCCUAUACGUCGUACGAUCUGAACCAGGGUGAUCAACCGCGAUACGUGUGCGUUCGAUGCUCCAGGGUCAUGACCUUGAUCCGAAAGUUCCAUUCUGUGCGAACGGAGGCGGUCGAGAAAGUGAAGGGAUUUCUGUACCGCAAAGCAGAUUGGCCUGGAGCAGUGACGGAGACGUUUGAUGAGUUCGAUGAUAUGGAAGACCGCUAUGUACGAAGUAGCUCGCCCACAUUGGAGAACCCUUCGAAGAGGUUUUGUAUGUGGGAAGAUUCUGGUGUAUCGCAGGGCAGUCUCUCGGAAAGCGAUAGCUCUAGUGUGAUGUCAAUUCCUGCCCGACCAUGGUCCGAUAUUGGAGAGCAAUUUUACGCACCGAUUGAGAGUGAAUCUGAAAAGGAGAAAGAUUGCGUACGGUUGGUAAGUUCCGGAACACAAACUGAUGCGGAGUUGGAAACGGAGAGCUCAGAUUCUGAAUCUGAAACGGAAGAAGACGAUGAGUCAGAGCCAGACGAAUGGGACUACGCGAUUGAAGAGGAGGAUGAGCAUGACAGUGGAAUCGAGGAAGAAGACGACGAUGGAGAUUAUUUUAAAAAUCUGUUAGAUGAUCUCGUUAGGUGACGAAGGUACUAGAAAAGGGAGUAGAGUAUUCCUAUUUAGGAAGGAAAGCGCUUGGUGUCUGAAGUAAUAUUUUUUCUACCUACAGAACCAAAGAAAAACUCAUCGAAGGUACGUUUCAUACACAUAUUUCAAUUGUGCUUCAUAAAACUUUAUCCUAACCGAAUUCAAAUGACCUUUUUUCCGCUUUCUUAUUCAAAACUGUCAAGCUUUAUUAGAAAGAUUCCGUUAAAAUCUUACACUUCAAGUUCAAUACUCAAUUUUGAAGGCACCAUUUGCUUUUCAUUAAAAAUUUUACCUUUUCAUAAAAACACAAAAAGCUUUUCAACAGGAUUUGAAAGCGAUUUUAUACAAGUUUAUUUUUAUAGUAU